GAACAGGAGUUAGGUGAACAAAACUUGGAAGAAGGAGAGCUAGGAAAAGCUUCUAAUGUGGAUUGUUCUUUCAAUCAGGUUAUCAACUUGUAAAAGGUUGAUGUGGAAGAGGGUGAACUUCAUCAUAUGGAGGAGGGAGAGCUAUUACAUGAUAAUGUGGAGGAAAGAGAACAAGAGUUGCUGAAUAGCGACAAUGUCAAUGGUAAUGAGUUUUCGUUGGAUGACAUCUUCUGUGGAACCAACACUAGAGAAAUCUUCAAAUCAGAUUUUGGAUCAACAACAGCUCUAGAAACAGCAGGAGCUUUAGCUUCAGAUAUCAGAUCAGCAGCUUCAGAUAUAAGAUCAGCAACAACUUCAGAUUCAGGUUUCAACUCAGUAGCAGAUUCAGAUAUAGGAUUCAGAUCAGCAAUAUUUUCAGUAGCAUUUUCCUCGAUAAAUUGUGAUAAUAGAUUAAAUUUAUUAGCUUUUAACAAAGCUAAUGAUGGUUCAGAAUUUAUAAGCAAUUUUUUCGCAUCUCCAGCAGCACAUAUUUCUAAACGGACAUUUGUAGAUUUAACAUGUUGAAUAGAAUCAAUAGCUUUUUUUGUAACAUCCAUAUGCAUAAAUUGAAUUUGGUCUUCAUUUAA